UGGGACCGAGACAGGCAGGAGUCGCCGUUGGCGGCGGCAGUAGCGCCAGUAGCAGCAGCAGAGGCAGCAACCCCAAACCACGCCGAGGGAUUCGCAGCUCACCGAAGCAGCCCAGAACGCAAAGAGGCAGCGGCAGCCGCCGAGGUGGUGGCGGCGGCGGCGGCGGUGGUAGUGGCUGCAGCCGCGGCAGCUGGGACAAGUGCAGUCGCUUAACCCGGAGCGGCGGACAGCCUAAACAGCGAGGGCGGCUGCAGUCCAGAGACGGGGUCUACAGUGUGCUUUUUAGGGCAGCCAGAGACCCUGGAGAGAGAGGAGCCGCGGGAAGUUGGAGAAGGUGGGGGCGGGAGCGGACUGUGAUCUGUGCAUCAUUCGGCCCGACCACCGGAGAUAACCGAGCAUCUGAGGGAAGCCGGCUCGGCUCAUCUUCCGAUCGUUGCUUUUCAUAUUUUUAUUUUUUAAACCUUUGGGGAAAGAGACGCUUUCACUUGAGCGAGUGAAGGGAAGCCAUCCCGAACCUCCCAUCCCCAAAUCACUCCCCCUCCCCAAAUCACCCCUCCCUUUGCCUCCCCCUCCCCCUCCCCCUGUUGCCUUCGCGACUGGAUUGGGGAGGUCAGGACUGCACCCUCCCGGGAGGAUGGCCAGCCCGCCACUGAACGGGCUCCUGACCCCGGCGAAUUCCUCCAACGGAGGCGGUGGCGGCGGCGGCGGCGGCGGCACCAAUCUCAACAACAACAACAACAACAACAACCACAGCGUGCGGAAGUGCGGCUACCUGAGGAAGCAAAAGCACGGGCACAAGCGCUUCUUCGUGCUGCGGGGCCCCGGGAGCGGCGGCGAGGAGCAGGGCGGCGGGGGGGCCGGGGGGCAGCCACCCCUGCCCGCCAGGCUGGAGUACUACGAGAACGAGAAGAAGUGGAAAAACAAGUCGGGGGCCCCGAAAAGGGUGAUCGCCUUAGACUCCUGCCUCAACAUCAACAAGCGGGCGGACGCCAAGCACAAGUAUCUGAUCGCCCUCUACACCAAGGACGAGUACUUCGCUGUGGCAGCCGAGAACGAGCAGGAGCAGGAGGGCUGGUACCGGGCGCUCACCGACCUGCUCAAUGAGGGCAAAGCCGCCUACGACUCGAGCUCGCUCUACCCUCACUGCCUCUCGUCCGGCGCCUCGUCUGCCAGCGCCUCGUCCUGCAGCGCCUCCCUGCCCGGCUCGGGCGGCAGCGGCUCCUUCGGGGCAGCGGCCGAGGAUCUCCACUACGGGCUGAUCACCCCGGCCACCGCUGCGUACCGGGAGGUCUGGCAGGUGAACCUGAAGCCCAAAGGGCUGGGACAGAGCAAGAACCUGACGGGGGUGUACCGGCUCUGCCUCUCCGCGCGCACCAUCGGUUUUGUGAAGCUCAACUGCGAGGUGCCGUCGGUCACUCUGCAGCUGAUGAACAUCCGACGCUGCGGGCACUCGGACAGCUUCUUCUUCAUCGAGGUAGGGCGCUCGGCGUCCACCGGCCCUGGCGAGCUCUGGAUGCAGGCGGAUGACUCUGUGGUGGCCCAGAACAUCCACGAAACCAUCCUGGAGGCCAUGAAAGCCCUGAAGGAGCUGUUCGAAUUCCGUCCCCGCAGCAAAAGCCAGUCCUCGGGCUCCUCUUCCACCCACCCCAUCAGCGUCCCGGGCACCCGGCGUCACCACCACCAUCAUUUGGUCAACCUGCCCCCCAGCCAGACCGGGCUCCUUCGCCGAUCCCGGACCGACAGCCUGGCCGCCACGCCUCCUGCCGCCGGUGCCCCCAUUGCGACCCAGGCCCCAGGUGCUGGGAAGUGCAGCUCUUGUCGGGUACGCACGGCCAGCGAGGGGGACGGCAGCAGUGGGGGCGGAGGAGGGGUGGGCUGCAGGCCAGUUUCAGUGGCCGGCAGCCCCAUGAGUCCCGGCCGGGUGAGAACUCCCCUAAGUAGGUCCCAUACUCUGAGCAGCAGCUGCAGCGCCUCCAUGCGACCUAAUAAGAUGAUGUUAGCCCCUGCAGGGGGCCCCCUGCAACACAGCCGAUCCAUGUCUAUGCCGGUGUCCCAUUCGCCUCCGUCUGCCACCAGCCCUGGCAGCCUCUCCUCCAGCAGCGGGCAUGGCUCAGCUUCUUACUCCUUGCCCCAAGGACAGCAUCCACAUCCACACCACCUUCACCACCACCAGGGCCAGCGGCCCUCUAGUGGCAGUGCUUCAGCUUCUGGCUCCCCCAGUGACCCAGGCUUCAUGUCCUUGGACGAAUAUGGCUCUAGCCCUGGGGACCUGAGGGCCUUUUGCAGCAACCGAAGCAACACUCCUGAGUCCAUAGCCGAGACCCCACCAGCGAGAGAUGGCAGUGGGACUGAACUAUAUGGAUACAUGACCAUGGAGAGACCCCUGAGCCUAUGUGGCCGAACCUUCAGAAGGGUGUCCGGGGAGGGGGCCCCAGACUUGGACAAAGGUCACAGAAAGAGAACUUACUCUCUGACCACACCUGCUCGCCAACGUGCAGUGCCCCAAGUGUCUUCUGCCUCCCUUGAUGAAUAUACUCUGAUGCGCGCCAGCUUUGCAGGCAGCUCAAGCCGACUUUACCCAGCCUCAUCUCCCAAAGUGACCUACAACCCAUACCCAGAGGACUAUGGGGACAUUGAGAUUGGCUCCCACCGGAGCUCCAGCAGUAACCUUGGAGCAGAUGAUGGCUACAUGCCCAUGACUCCUGGAGUGGCCCCACUGGCAGGGGGCAGCAUUGGAAGCUGCAAAAGUGACGACUACAUGCCCAUGAGCCCCACCAGUGUCUCUGCUCCCAAACAAAUACUACAGCCACGCAUGGCAGCAGCCUCCCUUGCUGCAGGUGCAGCCUCCCAAGCAGCCUCAUCAGCAACAAGUGGUAGAGGCUCUCCACUGAAUGGCAGCAGCUACAAGACCAGUUCUCCAGCUGAAAGCUCUCCUGAGGACAGUGGGUACAUGCGGAUGUGGUGUGGUUCCAAGCUCUCCGUGGAAAGCUCUGAGGGCAAGCUACUUCCCAAUGGGGAUUACCUUAAUAUGUCCCCUAGUGAUGCUGGAGCUUCUCUCACCCCACCCGACUUCUUCUAUGACUCUGUCCCAUUGCCUGGUGGUGGAGAACCACCCAAGGGAGUCCCAGGCUGCUGUUACAGCUCACUGCCCCGGUCCUACAAAACUCCCUGUCCUCGAAAUGGGGAUAGUGACCAGUAUGUCUUCAUGAAUUCUCCAGUGGGGAGGAAGAUUGUGGAAGAGGAGCAAGAGCAGCCAAGGCUGCAGCCACUGCCCACCACAACUACCCCCUGCACCCAGACCACCAGGCCCUUUGUAUCUAAUGGGGGCAGCCACUCCCAACCUCACCACCUAGUGCCUUCAACAGUUAGGCAGAGUGGCAGCAGCAGUGGCAACAACAACCGGCCAGAGAGUUUCCUCAUUCAGCGUUGCAGGGCAGUCCGGCCAACUCGUCUGUCCCUGGAGGGGCUUAGGACCCUACCGAGCAUGCAUGAGUACCCACUGCCACCUGAGCCUAAAAGCCCAGGUGAGUACAUCAACAUUGACUUUAGUGAAUCUGGAGCCCACCUUUCACCACCUCCACCUCCCCUGCUGACUUCAGCAGCCUCAUCAUCAUCACUGCUCUCAGCUAGCAGCCCCGCCUCUUCAAUGGGUUCAGGUACCCCUGGCACCAGUGGUGACAGCCGGAGGCGCUCUCCCCUCUCUGACUAUAUGAACCUUGGCUUUGGCUCACCCAAGUCACUCAAAUCUGGCACUGAGGGUGGUGGCUCUGUGGGCUCCUUGGAUGCCUUGAUGUCCCCUGAGGUCUCCUCACCCUGCCCACCACUGCCAACACCACCUGCCUCCUCCUCUACUUCUUCCUCACAGCAGCAGCAACUACCACCUCCACCACCACCAGGAGAGCUGUACCGCCUGCCUCCAGCUUCUUCUACCUGCCACCCAGCCCCUGUUUCUGCCUCCUCCCCUUCUUGUCCCCCUGAGACAGGGGAUAGUGGUGACUACACCGAGAUGGCCUUCGGCAUAGCUGCCACUCCGCCACAGCCCAUUGCAGCACCUCCGAAGCCAGAAAGUGCCCGGGUGACCAGCCCUACAUCUGGUGUGAAGCGGCUGAGUUUGAUGGAGCAGGUGUCUGGUGUAGAGGCCUUCCUGCUGGCCAGCCCACCCCCAGACCCACACCGGGGUGCCAAGGUCAUCCGUGCUGACCCCCAGGGUGGCCGCCGACGCCACAGCUCGGAAACCUUUUCCUCGACCACUACUGUGACCCCUGUGUCCCCAUCCUUCGCACACAAUCCUAAGCGCCACAAUUCGGCUUCUGUGGAAAACGUUUCUCUCAGGAAAAGUGGCGAAGGACCCAGUGGCAGUGGUGGUGAAAGUCUUGGAGGAGGUGAAGAAGAGCCCUCUACAUCUCCUCACCUUCGGCAGCCAUCGCUUCCUCUGCCACCUCAGCCCCAGCAGCUGAGGUGGACACAAAGCCAACCUGGAGCAUUAGUUGGUUGCCCUGGGAGCAAUGGCUCUCCUAUGUGUCGGGAGACAUCAGCAGGCUUCCAGAAUGGUCUCAACUACAUUGCCAUUGAUGUUAGAGAUGAAGCUGGCCUAUUGUUACAGCAGCAGCAGUCUGGAGACAAGAGUACCUGGGCCCGGACCCGUGGCCUCAGUGGGCUCAUCAGUGGUGGAAAUGGCAGCAACACAGGUGGUUGUGUGGGACCAGGCUCUGGACCCUUGCCCACAGCCAACACCUAUGCUAGCAUUGACUUUAUGUCCCAUCACCUGAAGGAGGCUACAGCUGUGAAAGAGUGAAAAAUCUGGCUAGAUCACCAUGACCUCAUACACCGGAGUGUAACAUUAACAACAGAAGCUGCUCUGCAUUUGUCAUUUCUUAAUCUGAAGCUGCUUAUGGUUUACUUUUCUUUUUUGAUCUGGGCAGUUACUUAACUUUUGAGAUGAUAAUGGACUACAUUAAGACAAGGAGUCAUCAAAGAAAGGAAAAUGACCUGCCUCAUUUGUUUCCUGUUUUGGGCAUCUGUCAUCAUGCUGCUGCUUGAGAAAGUUAAUUGAAGAAGCUAUUCUAUAGAAAUCUGGACCUUUUUAGCUGGCCAUCUGAAGUGGUGGCCAAUGCCUUCAUUUCCUUCUCCCCUUCCUCCUCUUUUCUUUUCUCUCCCCUCCUCACCCUUCUAAAGACAAACUACAUUUAUCCCUUAGCAUGCUAGGAGAUUCUGUUAACACCCACUAAAGCAGUAAAAUCUGGUAUUUACUGGUAUACUCUCAAAACUACCACAGUCCUACCUCAGUUCAAAGUAAAGCCGGAUUUGUAUUGUUGGGGUAUGGCAGGACCUCCUUUAUAUCUCUAUGCUGAAUGUUUCUGAAGAAUGGUCAUCAGCCUUAUUGAACUUACUCAAGUAUAUAGCAGCUUGCUGGAUCUCAGUUCACUAGCUGUAGGGUUUAUUUAGAGACAGAGAGCCCAGUGUGGUACUGAACAGUCUCAAUAAAUGAAAAUUUUAUGUUGGACUUUGAAGAUGGAUGCAGAAUAGUUAUAAUGUGUAACUAAAGCAACCUAAGUUAAAAAUCAUAAAACUCUAUAGGGGUUGAAGUGGGGGUGGGGUGGGGUGGGAAGGGAUUUGGGGAGGGGAUGAGUAUCUCUUUUUACCUUUGACAGAUGUUUAAUCCUCUCUAUGUAGAUGUUUAUGUAGGUACUUGGAAUUGCAAAAGCCUUUUAUCCUAUUUCCAAGCUCAGAUUUCUCUGCUACCCCUAAUAUUGAGCUUGCAUUUCUUAUUACCAAAAAUCCACAUAGGCAUGCUAGCAAUGCAAGGGUAGUCAUGGGUGUUUGGCAGAUAAAAACGUUAUCUCUAAUAUAAUGCUAUCAUGCCAGCCAAUAUGGCUGCUUUGUACAAAAAGAAAAAUGAGGCAUUCCAGCCACAGACAUUAAGGGAAAAAGAAGAAAAAAUUGCAGUACUUGUCAGUUGUCUAAAAGUCUUGACAGGACUACCCAUGUUUUAUGUUUUCAGUGUUCUGAAAAUACCAGUAUUGUGGCAAAUAUCCCAGAUGUCACAUAGAACUGCUGACCCGGACCAGCAGAAUCUUAUGUCCUCUUGCUGCUCCUUUGAGAAAUUGGAUUGGAGAAUUCCCAUGCUUUUUUCUCCAUGGGUACAACCCCAGUGUCUGCCUUCUGAUAGUCAUGUAUGUAUUACACUAAUUCAGUGUAGAUGUGAAACGUUUUGAAAAGUUUCAUGCUAUGGGAAAAAUAUAUAUAUAUAUUAUUACAUCACUGUAAAAUGAGGUUUAUUUGAGGAAGACCAAAAAAUUAAAUGUCUUACAAAUCCAGUUAACGGCAAUGCAAAAAGUCUUCCUGCUUCCAUGCUGAACUUUUAGAACAGAGGAUUGUAUUACAAGACAAAGAUGAAUGUAAAGUAAUCCCCCUGAACAUUUUUAAGGUUUUAAUUUUCUGGGACUUCACAAUGCAGCACUGCAUAGGCCAUACAAUACUAGUUUGAAGGUCAAUUUCAGUGUAUAAUAUGUUUUAUUAAAAGGGUGUAAAAUGUUCUAAAAUUUUUAUUUAGUUUCAGAAAUAAGAUGAUGGGUGAUAUUUGCUAUGUAAUUCCCCAACUAAAAUAGCACUGAAUGUGGAACCUGCUGAACACAAUAGUGUAUUGACUUAUAUUUUGAAGUAGUCCUCUGUACUUACAGUAAAGUCAUGCCACUAUAGGAAAUGGUUCAUAUUCACACUGCAACUUAAAAAAAAAAAAAACAAAAAAAAAGUUGACCAUGUACUAAAUUUUCCUCUAUCCUGUACAUUUCACAAAAGGCAUAUGCAAUAUUUACAUUUUAAUUUAGUUUACAGAAUGGAACCAAAAUGUAUAAAUGUUAUGUUUGCUAAAACUUCACAUUGUAUAUUGGGUCUUUGUACAUUUUGCCUGACUUACCUUAAAUUUAAACUAUUUUUUGCUAUAUAAACUUUAACAGUUAUUAAACAGUGUUUUCUUUUUGGGUACGUAUCGUUUCUGGAUAUCAAGAUGUUAAAUAUAUUUCUUGCUAUUGUGAUAUGACAAGAGACUUAACUUAUCUUGCUCUGUCUUCCAAUGUACACGCUGUAUAUAAGGAUAAAUGUGAUGCUGCUGGAGACAAGAAUUAAUGGAACUAGAAUAGUGCAUUGUAUUUAGUCUGUAUUGAUCAUGGAUGCUCUCCUUAAUAGCCAUAUGCAAUAAAAUAAAAUGCAUUAUUUAUGAAA